AUGGCGGCGGCGGAGGGGGAGACGAGCCGGCUGUUCCGCGUCCGGCGCACGGUGAUGCAGAUGCUGCGGGACCGCGGGUACCUGGUGCUGGACGCCGACGUCGACAUGACCAUGGGCGAGUUCGUCGGGCGCUACGGCGACCCCGUGCGCCGCGAUGACCUCGUCAUCAACCGCGCCAAGAAGGACAACCCCGACGACCAGAUCUACGUCUUCUUCCCGAACGAGCCCAAGCCCGGCACGAAGACGGUCAAGAGCUACGCCGAGAAGAUGAAGCAGGAGAACGUCAACAAUGGCAUACUCGUGGUGCAGCAGGCGCUGACCGCCUUUGCCCGCAACGCGGUGCUCGGGUUAUCGCAGGAGAAGGAGAAAUUGAUGCUCGAGGUCUUCCAGGAAGGGGAGCUUCUUAUAAACAUUAAGAAUCACGAUCUGGUUCCCGAGCACGUGCUCCUCACAAAGGAGCAGAAGAAGACGCUGUUGGAGAAAUACACUGUGAAAGAAACUCAGCUCCCUCGGAUUCAAAUCACGGAUCCAAUAGCAAGAUACUAUGGCAUGAGGCGUGGACAAGUCGUGAAGAUCACCAGGCCCAGUGAAACUGCUGGAAAAUAUGUGACGUAUCGCUAUGUUGUCUGA